AUGAUCAACACUAGUGGAUUUGGUUGGAAUGACUCUAGUAACAUGAUUACAGUUGAGGAUGACGUAUGGAAGCAAUAUGUCAAGACACAUCCACAAGUUAAAACAUUUCGAUACAAGUCAUACCAGUAUUUCCAAGACUGGAUUGAGAUUUUUGGAAAGGAUCGCGCAUCUGGAAGAAGUUCACAGGGCACAAUAGACCUUGAAAAAGUGGCAAGGAAACAACAGGCCUUGAAUGAUUUUGCUAAAGUGGCAAGCCAACAGCCAUAUCUACCUGACUCUGAUAUGAAUGAGUUCUCUAUCGGCCUCAAUGUACACACUCAAGAUGACUCUUUCUCCAAUACUAAUGAAAACGUCGACCAUGAGUUCUCCUACAGCUCUGUACCUCUAGAGGAGGAGGCCUCAGAUACUCGUUUUCCGGGUGAAAGCAACUCGGUCAAUUCCACCAAAAGGGAUGGUGAUAAGAAAACUCAAUCCAAAAGAAAGCGCAAGCAGCAAGAAUCUGCAACCUCCAAGGACUCGGUUAUUGUUGAUCUCAUGGAUAAGUUCUUCAAACAACAAAUGAAUCCAUUGGUAUCUUCGUCGACAAACUUGAUAAACAGAGUGAACAAUCGACGAGCAGCAAAUCUGAAGUUGUUGACAAGACAAAGCUUAUUCUUGAAGCUUUGA